UUACCCUCGAUAUAUAAUUUUUCUUCUGAAAAUACAAACUCUUUUUUCCUGGCCAAACGGCACUCUAGAUUGUAUUAUAAUUGCCACCUCCACUUCCCCUACACCUUUGCAUCUUAACCUGAAAACAGCAUCUUUUGUCUCCUCUCCUCCCCUAUCUCUCUCUCAUGCACACAAAAUCAAAUCUUAUCACUGUCACCCUUUGCCCCCUCACCCCCUCGUAUUUUCUCCCACUAUAUAAACAAUCUUCCCCUCCAUCAUAUCCUUCAUUGCUUCUCAAAUUUUCCUUUUCUCUCUCUUUUUCCUCAUGAGCAAACAAGGACUUGCAACUACCAAAAGCAAACAACUCAAAUUUUGCUUUACUACUUAUCUUUUCGUUUUCUCAUUCUAGACUAGACCUACUGUAGUUUCCCCCACAAGUCCCCACCAUCUCAUUUCUAAUCAUCCUAUUGUCCUAUACUGAAUUUUAUAACCAACUUAACCUUGGAGAAAUUUCACAUCAUGAAAAAAGAGUUGAAAACUGAGAAUAACAGUAACAAGCGGUCCCGACUUGAGUCAGGAUUAGACUCGGCUGGUGACUCGCCUGAGUCCAAGCGAGUUGACACAGAGGUUGAGACAGGUCCCGACUCGUCCGAGUUGAGCCGAGUCGACUCGGAGUCGGGAGUGAGUCCCAAACGUUCGAACUUGCCGGAGUCGGAUGACGUGCAAACAGAUGUGUACCUGGAUUCGCCGGAGGCUAAGCAGAUAAGAGAAGAUAUAUUGGAUAUCCUAGAUGACGCUCUAACGGAAUGCCCUCCGGAGAUUCAGGAUCUAGACUCUGUUAUGAAGAGCUUUGAGGAGGAGAUCCUUCACCACUCACCUCUUCAAGAUCCACAGACCGUCCUUGAUCUGACUCCAUCAGAAUCCAGCGACUCACAACCGGACCUCGGCUACCUCCUCGAAGCCUCGGACGAUGAGCUCGGUCUACCUCCCACAAUAUCUCCGGCCGACGAACAGUUUAACGGCGAACCUGUCGUCAUGCCGGAGGCCGCUGAAUUGGUGAAUAUGGUUGGAUUUGAGGACGAAAUGCCUAAUUAUGACACGUUCGACUUCGGCAUGGACCACGAGGCAAGGGUAGGAGAUAAUGACGUCGGUAACAGCAACGGUGACUUUGUGACGGUGGGCGGGUUGUUUGAUUACCCGGAGCCAGCGGAUUUGUCCGAUUACUUAUGUCGACAGGAAUCCUUACCAGCUCUAUAAACUGAUGAAACUUCUACCUAUAGGUUUUGUGAAUGGUAGCGUAGUUUGUACAUCUGAAAACCAGAAAGCACAGGAUAUAAAUAGGAAGCUAAAUGUGAAAUCAUACUUAGGAUCAAAUGUUUUCAGAGUAAGAAAUUGGAGUUUUAAAGGAAAUUAGCUCAUUUGAACUCA